AUGUAUUCAGCAGAAGUGCUUGAUCGUGAGUUUUCAGCAUGAUUGGCAAUGCUUUAAAAAAUUUUUUUUCAGUUAUCACAGCGCUCGAACAGAAAGAAUGCGAUGAUUGCGGCAAAAAAGAGGUCGAGUGGGCUUCUGUCAAAAAAGGAACCGUCAUCUGUUCGGAAUGUUUCUGCUUUCACAGUUAUUUAGGUAUGUUAUCCGGUUUUCCAUUUUAAUAUUACACAUUCUAUCCGUUCAAAACUGUCUUCGGUAUACACGUGACUUGCGCGGCAAUCAAUAAACAUACACUACUCUCAGGGCCGUCGGUGAGCUAUCUGCGACAUCUGCGCAAGAGUGCUUGGGAUGAGGAGCACAUUCGUCUUGUUCACGCUCUCAACUCGUUAGUUCCGCAUCAAAAGCAUUAGCUCACAAUCACAAUGAUGGUUUAGGUCUAACACGAACAUGAUCUGGGAAAGUUCGCUUUACGAGGGAUCAACCAAGUUCCGGAAGCCAGAGUCACAGUACGCAACUAUCUCGACGAUUAAGGACACAACAUUGAAAUUUACAGAGAUCCGUCGCAUAUCAAGGAGCAGUUUGUCAAGGAGAAGUACGAAAAGAUGACAUUCCAGCCGAAAAGAGGGAAAGACGAAGAUCUUGAGAACAGUCUGAACAGACAGCUGAUUGCUUGUGCCCGCAGUGAUUUCGCCCAUGUUACCUUGAGGUGAGUAUACCAAUGUUUUGCUGUAGACAUAGAAAAUCCGUUCCAGAUUGAUCGCACUCGGUGCUGAUGUCAACUACAUGGACCCAGAAUCUGGAGACACUGCUCUUCACGUGGCAGCCAGGGAGGGAAACUGCAACCAGGUCGAGCUGCUCUUCCUUUACGGCGCUGACCUCAUGGCCCAGAACAAAGACGGACUCCUUCCGUACAUAGCCGCCAGAGAUGCAGGAAACGUAAGGAGAAAAUCCAAAUAUUUGCAGAACAAUUACUUCCUUUGCAGCUUCAACUGUAUCAGCGCAUUUAUGACUUUUUCUUCUAUGUCUUUGACCGCUUCUCGUUCUUCAUGUGCAACAGAAAGGCUGAUCAUAAGGUGCUAGCAAUAAAAACACGGCGACCAAACUAGACUAGUUACAGAACAACCAAGAUUUCUUCAUUCCUGAGGUCACCGAGAAGCAGGUUCUGCAGAAAACGAAAGAUUCGAGAGGAGCACUUUCGGUUCUAUCGAAAGAAAGAUUCUUUGACAUGUGCGAAGACGCUUUCGAUGAGACAGUUCGUCGUGAAAAUGAAGUUAACUGGAAUAUGACGAAAUGGGCGAAGACCGCCAAAGGGCCGACAAACUUGUUCUUGCCGGUUUGAACUUGAACCGAGAUUACAGAUGAAAACUCAAUUUUUAGCCAACGACGCUGAUGUCGGCCGCCCGCAACCAGAGAAGACAAAAACUUGCCAAGUUUACCCCGUUUCAGUUCACAGUGUUGCUGAUCGAUCUGAUGAAAGAGCAGAAACGCCGUAUCACUGGCGAGAGCGCUGUUCCGGCUUUGGAGCAACCGAAAUCAGUGCGACGGUCGAACGACACCCCACUAAAAGUCAUGAAGUAUGUAAUGCAGAACACAAUGAGAAAGAUAUGCUCAAUAUUACCGUUUCAGAAAGAGCGACUAUGGUGACUACGAUGAGGUGGCCGGAAUCUCGUGCUCGCCAAUCUCUGGAAUCAUCCAGAACUCUCAAGCCAACACGCUGGAUGAAUCGAGCAGCAGAGUUUGGGACGAGCUUCUCGAAGUGAAAGAGAGACUGUCAACCACCGAAACUCUCGUCUUGACACUGACAAAACAGAACGAGGAACUGACAAAGUAAGUGAAAUUCUGUAAGUUCGUGAACAACUAAAUCUUAUAUCCUUUCUUAGACUGGUUCACAGUUUGCAAGCUCAAAAUAUUAACUUGAAUUCGGAGCUCAUCUCGUUCCGUGACGAUUUGUACAACGUGAAAAGAGCGAACAUGACCAGAAGGAUGCCGUCUCCGUUGGCUAUUGUCGAAACACCAGACAGAACCCUGCCGCCGCCAGCAAGCGUUCCCCAGAGUUUUCCCAGAAGGUUAGACAAAAGUUUUCAAUUUUUUUCAAUUUUUUCCGCAAAAACCUUUUUAACGUUUCUUCACCUCACAAACUUGUGCCCCUAUUAAAAUGAACAUUACAGAGAUAGCGAAGACCGAAUUGAUAGCGGAGGUGCCCGAUGGAGGUCCAACUCGAGCGACAGAAGAAAUUCGAACGACCAAAAUCUGGAGAAGAAAGUAGAAAGAAGGCAAGACUCGAUGAUCGAAAGCUCUUCUUCGCUCUCUCGUUGCUCGCAAAACCCAUUGUACAACCGAGAAGGUUAGGAUUAGCAGGCAAAUGAAAGCAAUUCUCUUUGUUUUUUGUUUCUCAGGAGUGAAAAGCAACGUUUUGCAACAAAGCGAGAGGAUCUCACGACAAAUCAGACGGCUCCUUCAACACGGCCUCAACGGAAACUUGGACUUGAACGCCAGUUUCGACGCACACGAAGUACGUCAUUGACUAGAAAACACGUAAAAAGAAGGGUUUGACGUUUGCAGAUCGCGUGCUCCAUCGACAAUCUUAUCAUCAUUCUGCUGCCGUUUGUGAGACAGGAGAAAAUCGAUCAGUUGACGGAUGCUGUUGUGGUGAGAAGAAAAAUGAAAGAGUACAUAAGGCUGACGCGAUAUUUUCAGCUGCUCAAUGCCAAAUGCAACUCGCCGUUGCUCAUUCCAGAUGAUAUCCGAGAUGCCGCGCAGACGAUCGCUGAAAAGCUUCAUCAAAUUAUUGUGGAAUUCCGUUAG